AUCAAGGUUCGUUGCCUCGUCCCGUUCUUCUUUGUUUCUUCUUUUCACUCUUUUACCUCCCUCUCUUCGUAAAUCGCUGGCUACAUCACCUCGCCACUUCUCUCGACUCGACUCACUCCGUCUCGCCUCGCCUCACCUCGUUGUGUGCGUCCGUCGCGCCACAUAACUUGAAAACUCGCGUCCGUCCUGACGCGAUGCGCUCCGUUGAAACCCGCGGAAUUGUCAAUCUCAAAUCUGUCUCCAUCGCGAUCGUCACGUUCGCGCAAGUGCGCGCCGCGGCUACGUCCAGGCGAAUAUCUUCUUCGUGCCGAGAAACGCUCUGAGAUACGCGAUCGCCGAUAAAAUAUCCGUGACAUGUUACUGUACACACGCGACGGCGACUUCAUACCGAGUAUCUCGUGUGUAUGCGUAUCGAGUGAAACUUAAGUGCUUGAAGACUCGCCGGUUUGUAUCGCGAGAACAAACACGCGUCGCGCACUAAAGAUAUUUCGACAAAGUACGCAACGCGGAACGAUAUAUUGUCCGAAUUCCGAAUUUGUUACAGGAAGUGUCACAAGUGUCGAAAGUGUCAAGUGCCGAAUGUGCCGGAAGCGCUGAGCGAUUCCGCCAAGGUCACGAGAAUUCGGAACGUAAAUCAUAACGGAGAAUGAGCGCCAACACAAACGCGUCGAGCGAGUAGACGCGCACGGUGCCAGAGCAAUAUACAAAGAAAUCGAGGAAGGAGGAAAAGCGAUGGUGGUGGAGUGGCUGUGCCCUGGACUUAGGCCGACCAGGAGCAACAGGCCUCGUCUCUUGCACUGCAAAGUGAUACUUCUUGACGAGCACGAAUUACUGCAGGAUGUUUUGAGCUCGAACUUGGGCCAAGAAUUGUUGGAUAGAGUAUUCAAGCAUCUUAAUUUAUUGGAAACCUCUUACUUCGGAUUGCGCUAUCUCGAUCACGGAAAUCAGACGCAAUGGCUGGAUCAAAGCAAGAAGCUCGGUAAGCAAUUGAAGAUUCACAAAGGAGACCCGGGAUCGGACGUUCACACUCUCUAUUUUGGCGUCAAAUUCUACGCGGCGGAUCCGUGCAAACUCAUCGAAGAGAUUACCAGAUACCAGUUUUUCCUGCAAAUCAAGCAAGACAUCCUGCAAGGCAGAUUACCCGUAUCCUUCGAUUUAGCUGCGGAAUUGGGUGCCUACGUUGUGCAAUCGGAACUUGGCGAUUAUGAUCCUAGACGACACUCGCCUGGAUACGUCACCGAAUUUCGGUUCCUCGCCAACCAAACGACGGAACUGGAGAAUCGUAUAGUGGAGAUACACAAAACUCUCAUAGGACAAUUACCUUCGGCGGCAGAAUUAAAUUAUCUGGAUAAAGUGAAAUGGUUGGAAAUGUAUGGCGUAGAUUUGCAUCCCGUGUUGGGCGAGGAUAGUGUGGAAUAUUUCCUGGGCUUAACGCCAAGCGGAAUAAUACUGUUGCGCAACAAGACCAAAGUGGGAAAUUACUAUUGGCCUCGAAUCAACAAAAUAUACUAUAAGGGCAGGUAUUUUAUGCUGAGGGUGAGCGAAAAUUCCGAAGAGAGAACGCACGGCUUCGAGACACCGUCGAAAGGAGCCUGCCGUCAUCUGUGGAAAUGUUGUUUAGAGCAUCAAGCUUUCUUCCGGCUGAUGGCGACCGGCCCGCCGCCUCUGAGUCCAUAUUCUCGCUUUCAUUCGUACAGUCCUCCAUCCACUUUGGAGAAGCACAUGGCCAUCAGGCGAAAUCCGCCGCCGUUUCAAAGAACGCCUAGCCGGAGAGCGCAGCGACGCGUCGUCGAGGGUCAGGAAAUGGUCGGCUCGUUCGUGGAAACACCUGUCACCGUGAUCUCGAAUCCAGGCAGCAAUCCGUGCAGCGGGAAUGUUUUAUGCAACGCGCAAAGGCAGGUGAACAACUCGAGUCCGAGGAGCAUAAGAAGCGCGCCGUGGACGCAGAUUCAGCCCCGCGGUCUUUACACCUCGUCUAGUCCUCGCUCCGUUCGCUCCGCGGGAACGGCGCCGGCGCUCUUGAGUAGACUGCAACGUCGGAGCAGCUCGGUGGAGAGUCAAAGCUCGGGGGAUAGUCAUAGUCGCGGCGGUCACCGUAGGCGAAGUCAUAGUCAUAGCCACCGUCGGCACAGCAGACACUCCGACUGCGAGUCCGAGCUGUCGAGGGGUUCGGAUACGAGAUCCGGUCAUCGAAAGCACCGCAGAAAACACAGGAAUUCCCGUUCUUCUAGACACGAAUUGAUAGAUUCAGAACCGCAGUGGAGGGAAGCGCAGAAGCGGAAAGGGGAAGGUGUGCAAAAAGCUAUCGUGAGUCAUACGGAGCCCCGACGAAGACACCGAAGCAGACAUCGGAGUCCCUCCCAGAAGCAGCCGCUGCCGGAUGAACUCCGAAAACACUUAGAAUUCGGCCUAAUCGACACGAGCGGGAUGAGCGAGCAGCAACGCCGGGAGAUAUCCUACACGGUGGUACAGUCGCAAUCUGCACAGCAAUGUCCCCUGCAGCCGAACAAUUCCCGAUUGGACGAUACAGACUCAUCGUCCCUGCCUAGAACUGUCGGAUCCAUUGGCAAAAGAGACGGAAGAAUCGUGCGGCAUAAUCGUGAUGGAAGUUAUAACUUGCUGUCGGCGACGUCCAGCCUAAUCGGGGCAAAGUUUCCCGAAGCUCGAUACGAAUGUAACACGAAGAGGGACUUUUAUUAUAUUCGUAACAACAGAAUGUCAAUAGGCAAUAAUACCGACAGCGGACUCGGGGAAAGCACGCCGCAGGACUUUUCAAGCUGCUGCUCAAGCUCCGCCGACAGCAAUAAACCUAUUCACGUAACACAAUUGCAAUUAGGGGGAGAGGUACGCUAUGAACUGCCUUCAAAUCAAGAAAUCUACCCUCCUGUUGACACUACUCUGGAUGCUGUUCUUCAACCCAUUAUAUCAACUUUAACAAGGAGGCAACGGAGCCGCCCAAAAUAUUCAUAAAAAUUUAAUACAAAAUAAAAUAGUUGUAUAUUCAAAUGUAUAUUUAAG